AUGUCCUCGAAUGCAUUUAUACUUGGUUUUAAUUCCCCUGCUUCGGUGUGUCCUAUAGGCAACGCUGUUCUUGUGGGAGCAGGAGGAGGUGUUGUUGUUAGACAUGGAGGAGAAUCAAGUCAAUGGGUGCCCGCUGACGGUCGCUAUCCUGUUGAUCAUAUGGCAUACUCGUCUGUUUUGCACUUGCUUUGUGUAACCGAGAAGAGGCUCAAUGUUGUUUUGCAUGUGUUUAGGUUUCCCGAGUUGAAUCGCGUGCAGAAAGUGGAUGAGUUUGCGAGAGUAGAGGUACAAGAUAUGCAGUUUUCACCAAAUGAAGAGAUAUUGGCCGUUCUAACAUGCAUACCAAGUUGUUCUGUAACACUUUUUACGGUUCAACGUGGACGUACACUUGAAAAAUACGCCUCUGUGGAGUUGGCUGAUAAAUUUUGGAAAUAUUUGGUGUUUUCUCCACAAAGAACAGAUUGUGUAGUUGUGUGGGAUGCUGAGGAAGUUGCUCUUAUAAGCCAUUUGUCGUUGGAGUCAGCUUCUCCUAACUUAGUCUCGUUGGAGUCACCUGGCAGAGAAUUUUAUUCUUGCUGCUGGACUACGUACGGUAUACUUUGUGGAUUAGCACAAGGAUCUAUUCUCCUUUUUGAUGAAAUAAAGAUGCGAAUGCAGGAUUAUCUAACUUGCCCAGACAGCAGUGCAGUCACUUUCAUGCUUCACACUACGGCUCUACUUCUGGCAGGGACAGAGGAUGGUGCAAUAUUUGGCUACAAAAUGGAUGAAAAGGUACUGAACCUGCUGAUUCGUGUCGAGCACGCCGUGGAACGACUGUUUCUUUUUGAAAAUGGGGCAGAUGCAGUGAUUGUUACACGGGCUGAAAUUAUAAAGUUGAAUCUAGACAAAAUAGAAUGUAAUGUUGUCUUUUUGCGUGAUACAGGGAACACAGUAAAGCUUUUGACCGUGGGUGAAUAUGUUAUACGGAUUUCAACAGAAGGCAACUUAAUGCGAUAUGAUAAAACGAAGAACGAUCUACUUCAUUUUACUACAGAAUUUGGUGAUAAGGCCGAAGAUGCUUGCGUUGUAGGAUCUGCUGUGAUUAUAGUGUAUCAAAGUGGGAAUAUGCGUUGCUUUGUGGUUGGUGACGGAUUUACAUUUUCAUCUCAGAUAACACUGAGUGAGAUGGCUCUCACCAUGUGCGACUCCGAUGGUGUAUCUUCUUUGGCUGUAAGUGAUGGAACUUCGGUUUACUUUGUUGCCCUGCAUGACGGUGUUCUUCAACCUCUUGGCUCCGUGGAUACUUUUACGGCUACGGUGACAACGCUUCGGUGGAGCCUUGGCGGACACCAGUCGGUUUUGGCAGCUUGUACCAAUGGUGAGAUACACAUGGUUCAAGGCCUUGGUACGGUGGAAGCCUGCUUGGAUACUGUGGCAGUGGAGAUGGUGUGGCGCCUAGAGUAUCCUGCUCAUGACUUUCUCCCACUUUAUAUGGAUGAUGACGUGGUGAAUAUUUUGGUGCAUUCACUGGACAAAGACACCAAAUUAUACGUUUUGGAGCGCCGACGAGAACGAGAUAUUAAACCGCUUCGUCCCUUGUUCCUGAUGCGUGACCAUGAGGGUAGCGGUGGGUCUAUUCUUCAACGUUUUGGAGAGACCGCCGUUGUCUCUGGUGGGGCUGAUGGCAAGGUGGUUGUAAGAGACAUCUCACACUAUCUUUUAAGGCUUACACCUAUUCCACCUUCAAAGGAAAAGAGACGACCCCAGGGAGAGUUCCCGAUAAGACACUUGGGCAAGGGGGGAAUCACCUCGUUGUGUGCUUGGAAUGACAACUUGGGCUUUGUUUGUGGAGGCAACGACCAAGUGGUGCAUUUUAUCCCCUUCAGUAAGUCUAUGCAUUAUUCAUGGACGGAGCCGAUAUGGCACAAGGAAAAACUUCCAGCUCUCUCAUAUACCAAACAAACUCCAGAAGAAGGGUUAAGUACACUGGGUGAACUAAACCAAUCCAGUCUGCAGUCACGUUUGGCUGAGAUUAGAGAGCAUGUCCAGGAGUUGCUGAAGGAGAGAACGCCAGCUGUUCAGGUUGAGGACUUUCUGUUACCUCAGCAGCGAGAGUCGUUUAGUGCGGAGUGUGACCUGGCGAUACAGAAGGCGAGGGAAGAGGAUUACUAUCAUUUGCUUCACAAUGAGUUUACGCAAUACAUUAUUCGACGCGACUGCUGGGACACUAUGGAAGUGCAACGGUCUAAAAUUGUAAGUCUUAAUGACCCUGCGCUUGAAGUUCAUAAUUUUCAUCGCCGCAAGGCUGACCCUGAGGAGAUGAAAUUGUUGAAAAAGUUGAAGUUUUUGAGGUUGCUGCAAACGAGAGAUAAAGACUCCUUUACUUUUUCUUCCUUGGUGAGGCGGCCGGGAAGUGAUCCAGCCCCACUGCAGCAGGAGGGCAUCAUUGACGACGAAACUUCCAACUUUCUCUAUGAUGCGAUGGACGUAUACACAGAUUUACGCGCUGUUAUGCAAAUCCAUUUGCUUCGUGGAAGGGUGUCUAAGUUGAAGGUGGCGUUUAAUGUUCGCUUUGACAGUCUAUGCGAACGGAAGAAGCGAGAGGUUCAGCGUAUUGCAGAACGAAAUGAUCGUUGCAGACGCAUUUUGCGACAGCUUGGUGAAACCCCCGUUCCUGAAGAUUUCUUCUUUACUCCCGUUUUUGAUGUCGAGGAGGAUCCCAGGACUGUUUUUGAAGUCUAUGAUUCGGAAAUUGACCCUGAGUUACUCAAACUUGCCAAAAAGAACGACAAUGAUGCCUUUGCCAUCUCCCCGACAAAUGAAGCGGCGUUGAAGACGUGGAUGGAUGGUCUUGAAAAGGACACCGAGGUCCUGGCCGUUAAGGUCGCCCUACCUGCUUUUGCGGAUGAAACACUGGAACAGUAUGUGGCACCUGAGGAUCGAACUGACGAGCAGCAAAGGAUGUAUGAGGAGUAUGAGAAGCAACUUGCAGAGCAGACUACAUAUGUGAAUGAGCGGAAGGAGAUGUUGCGUGCAGAGAUGGCAGAACUAAAACAGGCAAAUACGGAAGCAGCAAAAGCGAUGGAUAACGAGAUUUUCUCGUUGCGGAAGCAGCGGAUGGAGGUAGCUGAGAUGGUAGAUGAAUUGGAGUCCCACCAAAUGAAUGCGCUUCGCAGGCUGUUUCUCCCCACUACAAUCUUGAAUGAGCUCUUGCGCGUCAUGAAGGAAAAAACGGAACUCCAAGGGCGUGUGAGACAGCUUGAAAGUCUUGAAAUACAUAGAGAAAAGUUAUUGGCAGCGGAAGAGUCUCAAUUGCAGUGCUCCAUCGAGGAGGAAAAGGGUCUCGUCACACAGAUGCGAAACUCUCCACCAUUUGAUGACAGCAUCUGGGGGGAUAAGUUAUACAGACGUUUUACGAGGUGGCGCACCAGGUACGAUGAAGGCCUUGUAACGGUCCCUCUGGUUGGGCAGAAUGACACGAUUCCCUCCUCUCUUUGGAAACUCUACUGUGAAUGCUGCGCAACCGUUGUUGCGGCAAAAAGUACAGUGGCCCGUAACACCGCAACUGUUCAAACACUUAUCGACGCGUUGACCGAGGUUGAAGGUGAACUGGUACGCAUCCGAAGUGAAUUGGAGGACAAAAAGACAGAGGAGGAAUCCUGUAAGCAGGGUGCCAUCCGCAAGCUUCUCAAUGUGCAAAACCUAUUUCGCCUGCGACAAGGUCAGGUGCAAGACGAAGAGGCCGUGCUAAACGAGGACUUUGCCAAUUUCUCCUUUCUGUGGGUAAAGGAUGUUUUAGACCACAACGCCCUUAUCCUUGCAAGCUUUGAUGAAAUUUCCCGGCUUAUGGGCAGUCUCUCGCGUCAACGACAGUCAAUGAAAAUGGCUGCCUGGGAGACCGAGCGCCUGCUGUACUGCGUGGGGACGUUGGAGAUGGAGCUCCGUCAACUGCACACGCUACAGGUGACAAGGCAAAUGCAAGAAAGCAUCCACACCGGGGCGGUGGCCUCACACGAGGAGGAGGUGGAGAAAUUGAACCGCCGAAUUGAGUACGUCCGGCAGGUGAUGUCAAAAAGGGUAGAAGAACGCAACAAGGUUAUUACGCGAUUGCAGAUGCAGAUCAACGAUGGAGAAUUGGAAAACACUGUAUUCGGUGACCAGGUUCAUCGCAUCAAGAGUGUUGUGGACGACAAGAAAGCCAUUUGGGAUAUGCUGGGUGAGCACAACAACGACGCAACGCGUCUUCGGGAACGAAUGAGAGAGUUGUACGAAAGUAGCGAAUUGGAGGAGCUGGCACGCUGCCAACAGGAGGAACUCGUGCGGUUAAAGCGCGAGGUUGACCGCCUCCGAGAGCGCACAUUUCCUUCGUUUGCCGUUGUAUCCAAGAAGACGGUGUCGUGA